UGCUUAACGAUAUAUGUUACAACAAUAUAGAGGAAGUAGCCAACCUCCAAGAUCAAAUCAGAUCUAAAAUUAUGUAUUAUAUGAUUUAUAAAUGAAGUCUCGUUAGAACAAUUAGUAAGUGACUCCAUUUAAUAUGUUCUAAGAAUUUGAUUCUAUGUCAAAUAAGAUGAUGCAACAUAUGGAUAGCUAAUUAGCUAAUUUAGGAUUUGGAUCUGUUUUUAGAGGUUUUGAUGAUUUAGAAAAUGAGAUGAUGGAAUUCUCGAAUAUUCAUAGACAUAUGGCAGGUUUAAAUUAAAGAGAUGUUAACUAACAUUCAAAGGAUGGAGUAUUUUAGGUAUACUCAUCUAGUUAUGUCUAAUCAUCUAAAAAAGGGCCAGAUGGACGGGUUAUUUAAGAAAAAUAUUUUGAUAACAAUGCUGUUGCUAGAGGAGUUAAUGGUCAUACUGUAUAUUAUAAUAAUUAAAGUUAGAUAAGUGAAAGAUAACAAGGAUAUAAAAAUAGUGAUGGAAUAGAUAGAUUUGGACAUGAGAGAAUGAUGAAUGAUAAAGGUCGAAAGCAUGUAAGAGAGAGAGAUAGAACAGGUUAAAUUACAACAACAAACCAUUAUAUGAAUAUGGAUGAAAAUUAAGUUGAAUAGUUUGAAAAUGAAUGGUUAGGAAUGGGUAGAAACUUAGGAAUAAAUGCACAAUCAGGUGGUCUUAGAGCAUUGUAAGGUUAACCAAAUAUGAGAGACAUUAAUAAUCAUCCAUUCCCAAGAGAACAAAUCACUUAUGACACUCCCAAUUACCCUAGAAAAAGUAAUUUUUUUUAAUAGAAUAAAAAGAUGAUAUAUCCCCAAUAAUGUUGGGAAAUAAUACUAAUAGUUACAAUAAUAAUCCUACUCGAUUGGCUUUACCAUAACAAUAGUAAUAAAUAACACGUUCUGCUAUCUAAUAACCCGGAAUACAAAGUAGAGUUCCUCCUUAGUAACAACCUGUUCGUGCUCUACCUCAAAGAAAAUAAGAGUUUACUGGAGUCUAUUAAAAUAAAGGAGCUAGAAAUUAACAUCCCUAAGCUGGUUGAAAAAAUUAUUUUUAUUCACAACAAU